CGGGGCUCGGCCCCGCUCCGUCCCGCGGUGCAGGGAGCCGGGCCGGUGCCAGGGCCGCGCCCGGCCGGGCCGCAGCCCCCGCCGCCAUGGCCCGAGUCUCGGCGAUGAUCAGCCCGGUGCUGGUGCUCUUCGGCUGCGACCUGUGCUUCGUGCGAGCCAACAGGCCACCGUCCCCUGUCAACGUGACUGUGACGCAGCUGAAGGCGAACUCUGCCACAGUCUCCUGGGACGUACCAGAAGGAGAUGUGGUCAUCGGCUAUGCCAUCCUCCAGCAGAGGCAGGAUGGGCAGAUGCAGCGCUUCAUCCGGGAGGUGAACACCACCAACCGUGCCUGUGUGCUGUGGGACCUGGCAGAGGAUGCUGACUACAUCAUCCAGGUGCAGAGCAUCGGCCUGUAUGGGGAGAGCCAGGCUAGCAAGCGUGUCCACUUCCGCACCCUGAAGGAGACCGACCGCCUGCCUUCCAACAGCUCCAACCAAGGUGACAUCACCAUGGAGGGGCUGGACAAAGACCGGCAGCUGCAGACAGGCGAGAUUAUCAUCAUUGUGGCUGUGCUGCUCAUGUGGGCAGCGGUGAUCGCCCUGUUCUGCAGACAGUAUGAUAUCAUCAAGGAUAAUGACUCCAACAACAACAAGGAGAAGACAAAGCCCUCCUCAGAGCACAGCACGCCAGAGCGGCCAAGCGGAGGGCUGCUGCGGAGCAAGAAGAAAUCUCCCUCGGUCAAUAUUAUUGAGGUGUAAGUGCAACACCAGCUCUGCCGUCUGGGAUCUCGGGUGUCCUGCCAGAGCCACAGCAGGCCUUGGAAGAAGAGGCAGCACCAGGCGUGCCGCCUGGAACUCAGCAUGCGACGAUCCACGUACCAGAACUCCCGCUUUCCUGAGGGCACCUGUCUGCGGAUGUGCAUGGAGCCGGCUCCCAGCCAUGCAUGCAGAGCGUGGCCCUGCCCGUCCCACCUGGCCCUCCUCCCCUCCGGGGGAAGCAUGACCGUGAGGAUGUGUGGGAGGGAGCCGGGGGGAGCCGAUGGGCUGAGGCACGGGCCUGAGGGGAGCCCACGGCCCUGUGCACCGCCUCGGCCAAGGUCGGGGCUGCAGCUGAGGCACUGCAUGGCUGCGCGGCACAGGGGCAGACCUUGCUCUCAGCUGCCCGUUUGGCCUUGGGGCUGCUGCAGAGAGCAAGAGCUGCUCCCCUCAGGGCCCCGGGGCUGCAGGAGCAGGGCGGUGCAGGCACUGCCCAGCACUGCCGGGAGAGCUGCGGCCUGUAGGAGGGCUUGGUUUAUCUGUGGGGCCGGGCCCAGCCAGCUCCGGGGAUGAGUGGAUUGCUGCUGGAGAACAGGGCUCCGCUGUACCCUGUCACCGCUGUGCAGGGCCUUCACAUUCUCUGUCUACUGCAGAGGACAAAGACACGAGGGACGAUGAGGGGCUGGUGCUGUCACAGUGCCUGGCAGCCCACAGAGCCCGCAGCAGGGCAGGCAGUGCAGGGCAGGGGGAGCGGGCACUGUCCGGGCAUGGCUGCGCUGUGUCCCCACAAGGGCUCGGUGCUGGCACAUACAGGCUGCUUGAGGGGAGCUGCAAAGAAUUUUCUGAGCAGCAUGGUGCCUGUGCUGCCUGGAGGAGACAAAGCGGUGAGGCCUGCAAGGUCUCAGUUGGAGGGAAUGGGGUGAAACGAGGAAGCUCCCUGCUGCCCUGGCUGCUGCUCUCCCUCCAUGCUCUGCUCUGCAGCCUGCCACAGACAGGCUCUGCAGCCCUGGACUCAAGCAUCACAGGAUCCAGUGUCUUCCAGGAAUAAAUCUCCCAGUAAAAGCACUUUCAGGACUUUUCCUUCCAGGUGCUGCUCAGCUCCUGCUGCAGGACUAGGUGGGGAAGGGACAGGAUAAGCAACUCCUGUGGCAGGGUCUUUUCAAUAAAAGCAUCCUGGCUCAAAGGCAGCAUCAGA